AUGGCCCCACCGCACUCUCGCCCGCCUUUCGCACCGCAACUGCUCGAAAUCCCCCUCCAACUAGCCAUCACUGCAUUCUCCGUAACUCUCCUCGGUCUUAACGCAUGGGAUUACGCCCGCUGGCAAACCCUUCGCGAGAAAUCACGAAUCAACAACUUUGUUGAGAUUCAAGACAAUGGAAUGCUUACCGUAGUACUCGCUGCUUUCAUCAUCGCCGCAUUUGCUUUUGCGUUCGCCAACCUGGCUGCUGUGCUUGCUUGUGCGCAGUUCCCCAAGCGACGAGGAGAGAGGACUGGUAAAGGUACCUACGCAUACCUCUUGGUCGGGUUGGUGGAACUCAUUCUCUCUGGUGCCUUCCUGGCUAUCGCAGCUGCGUAUACGGCCUAUGCGGUGCAGAAACAUCCAAGUUUCAUCGCUGGCCCUCAGUAUUCGGAACCCUUUAACGAUGGACAGAAGGUGUUCCUUCGAUCGAUCUACCAAAUCUUCGCAGAAGGUCAAAUCACAGACCCUGCAACCUCAACAACUCAACAACUAGCAGCAAUCGGUGUUUGGGCUAACAUCAACACUCUGGAACAAGCGAAUGCCUUCUUAGCCCAAAACCGAUACCUCAACUACAAACAUUACCGAGUCACCACCGCUAUCAGCUUUGUCACCCUCGCCACCACAUUCUUCGUUAUGAGCGUUCACUUCCUCUUACCAUUGAUACUAAAGGCUUUGGGCAUGACAAGACCUCCUAAGGCUCAAGAAAGCGCGGUGAGGGGAGCUGGUAGAGUUCCGGUUGGUUAUGGAGAGAAGAGGAUGAGGAAUCAGGGUUAUAGGCGGGAAGAUUACGAUGAGUACUAA